GCACCUCUAACCGGGCCUUUGAGAGUAGCUAAAUCAUCCCAAUAAUCAAAGAGGUGGUUUGGCGAAUCCCAACCCGGCCUUUCGGGGUGAAAGGCUGAGCAGCAAAGCCAACCUUUCUCUCUUGAUGUGCUAUUAUUACGUUCUUAAGUAUUGGAUUCCAAACAAAGGGUCCUCUGACAGUUGAGCUAUAACUUCAUCUCUCACCUGCUCCAUCUUUAGCGGUUUCGAUCUCCCCCCAGCUUUUAUAUGAUCUACCUUCGCCACCUUAUUCCAACAGUUCUCCAUUUGCUUUCAGCUUCUCCAAAUUCAACGUUAAACCAUAAUUCAGUUCUCAACCAGUAUACAUCCAGCUCUUCCCCAAGAUAUAGAUAGAAAAAGAAUAAAAGUUAGGAGCACCCAAAUUUAGUAAAGGGCCUCUAAAUUUGGCACAAAGUUGAAGGGCCAUAAACCGGCUUUGAACGAAGCUUCCUUCCUUCUUGUUCUUGUUCUUCUUCUUCUUCUUCUUCUCCAACUCCCAGACAUUUUCUUUUAGGGUAGUUUCGUUGAGGACAAUGUCAGCUGCUGUGGGAGCUAUCUCGGCAACCAAGGACGUUUCCUUCAAUCCUCAAAUGGAGGAAGAGGAGCUCAAGAAUAACAAGAACAGCAAGACUGGUGCUGAACCAAGUCAUGAGUUCCCCCACACUGAUGGUGGCCAUGAAGAUGAUGACGAUGAUGAUGAGAAAGAGGAAGAGCAUGUUACCAAGUUGAUCAAGUCCGAGAAGGAAUUGGAUCUUGGCCCUCAAAUUUCUCUCAAGGAGCAACUUGAAAAGGAUAAAGACGAUGAAAGUUUGAGGAAAUGGAAGGAACAACUUCUUGGAAAUGUUGAUCUCUCAGCUGUUGGAGAGACUAAAGAACCAGAAGUGAAGAUACAAAGCCUCACGAUACUAUGCCGGGGCCGGCCAGAUCUCGUUUUGCCAAUCCCAUUUGUUAACAAUUCUAAAAGCAGUCUCUUCAGCCUCAAGGAAGGAAGCCGGUACAGCAUCAAAUUUACCUUCACUGUCUCCAGCAACAUCGUCUCUGGCCUCAAAUACACCAACGUUGUGUGGAAGACCGGAGUGAGAGUGGACAAUUCAAAGAGAAUGUUGGGAACUUUUAGCCCUCAGCAACAGCCUUAUACGUUUGAAAUGGAAGAAGAAACUACCCCUUCUGGCAUGUUUGCAAGAGGCUCUUAUUAUGCAAGAACCAAGUUUGUGGAUGAUGAUGGCAAAUGCUAUUUGGACGCGAGUUACUGCUUCGAAAUUCAGAAGAGCUGGCCAAAACCCUUUUGAUCUUCUAUCUGGUAUCUCAUUGGCAUUGGCUUGGAAGCGCUUCAAGCAGUCACUUUAGAGAGAGAUUCUUCUUCUGGCUUGUUGUACUUGUAUUAUUACAAAUGGCAAAGUGAUAAUCCAUUUUUAUUUCAA